UGGUGCAUAAAAGUCACACCUUUGGAAAGGUUUGGUAUGUAAAGAGAUUCCCAUGGCUGGGGAGUGUGUAGAAGUGAUUUGGCUAAGAGUUCACAGAUUAACUAGGUAUUAGGCCUAUUUUCUACAGUAAACUGUUUUUCCCGUAAACAUUUUGUAGAGAUGGUUGGUGUGUCAUUGAGUCAAUACCCGUAGGAAAGGGACAAUCCAUUAAAUUCACAUCAGAAAUUGUCAACAUGAUACAAAAUCCUGCCCUUAUAUUCUCAGAGCUAAACAUAUCAGCCCAAGUAAUUUUUCAGUAUUGCAGGUAUCAAAUGCACAAGAAGUACUCAGAAACAUAGUAAGCUGUAGAUGUAGAAGCAAAAUGGCCACUUAACAAAUCAUUUGAGACAUGGGUCCAGCAAUUAAUUGACACCCAAUUGAAAAGUAAACGGAUGAGAACAUAAAAAAGAUAAGUAUCCAAGAACCUUAUUUGACUAAAGGAAAAGAAAGGUCGUCCUCGAGGUUCUCAGCUCUUACACUUCAAAUGAUAAGACUGUACCUUUUGGAAGAAAAGAAGUUAGAAUGAGCAUCUCUAUGCUUUUUCAUCUUUUACUCUAUUGUUUUUAUGUAGUUUUUUUCCAGUGCCAAUACUUCAGACACCAUUAGCAGUAGUGAGCCUGUGAGAGACUCAGAAACUGUAUUUUCUAGAGGCAAAAGAUUUAAACUGGAUUUUUUUAGCCCCAGGAAUUCUGCAAAACGUUAUGUAGGGAUUAUGUUUAACCUACCAUCACCAACACCAACUGUAGUAUGGGCCUUUACAUGAUUCUAGUGGAAUACUCACAAUAUCAGAAGAUAGCAAUCUUGUCAUCUUGAAUGGACAGAAAGAGAUAAUUUGGUCAUCCAGUAGUUCAAACUCUAUGAAGAAUUCCACAGCUCAGCUCUUGGACUCUGGAAACUUAGUCUUGAAAGACAACUCAAAUGGGAGAGUUCUAUGGGAAAGCUUUCAAUAUCCUACGGAUUCUCUCUUACAGCUCAUGAAAAUGGGCACUGAUAAGCGUACUAACACAACAACUCUCCUGAACUCAUGGGGGAGUCCUGAUGAUCCAUCCGUUGGGAGCUUUUCAGCUGGAAUUCAACAUCAAUACAUUCCUCAGUUUCUUAUUUGGAAAAACAGUUCUCCUUACUGGCGGGGUGGUCCAUGGAAUAAACAGAUAUACAUAGGAUUACCAGAAAUGAAUUCUUUCUAUCUCUAUGGUAUUGACCUAGUAAUUGAUAAUACUGGCACAGCAUACCAAACUUAUUCAGACCCAAAUCAGUCUAGGAUACUCUAUUAUUCCUUGAAUUCAACAGGGUCUGACCAGGAGAAGGUUUGGGAUCAAAGUAAGAAGGAUUGGGUGGUAACAUGGGCAAAUCCCCGAACAUAGUGUGAUUUUUAUGCUAAGUGUGGGACAUAUGGAAGCUGUAAUCCAAUGAAUUCUCUAAUAUACAGUUGUAUACAAGGUUUCAAACCAAAAAAUGAUGGAGAAUGGAAGAAAGGAGAUUGGUCUGGUGGAUGCAUCAGAAGUACUGCACUAGACUGUGAAAGGAACAAAACUGAUAUUGAGAAG